CUUAUCAGUUAUCACCACCUCCUCUCUCUCUCUCUCUCUCUCUCUCACAAACAGACGGACAACAUAAAGGCCGCGGAUAGGCAGAUGGUGAGGAUACUGCAUAUGGCGUCUCCAAUUCUGCCUUCUCUCUCGACGUUCAGGUUCGCCGGUAGCUCUCGCUACGGUGUUUCUCUGUCUUCUUACAAUCCUUCACGACGAUUCGCCUAUCUUGGCAGUGCCAUUUCACAGUCACAUGUAUUUGGCUUGAAAGCUUCCAAGCUGUUGAGAGGUGAGGGUACAAGCAUUGGGGUGGUUGCUAAAAAUAUAGUACAAGCAAGCACAUCUGCUGCUCAAGAAAAUGUUCUGGAGUGGGUUAAACAGGACAAGAGAAGAAUGCUUCAUGUUGUUUAUCGUGUUGGGGAUUUGGACAGGACAAUAAAAUUUUACACUGAGUGCUUGGGGAUGAAGUUGCUUCGGAAGCGUGACAUUCCAGAAGAGAGAUACACUAAUGCUUUUCUUGGUUAUGGGCCUGAAGAUUCUCAUUUUGUAAUUGAACUCACUUACAAUUAUGGAAUUGACAAGUAUGAUAUCGGAACUGCUUUUGGACAUUUCGGUAUUGCAGUUGAGGAUGUUUCCAAGACAGUGGAACUCAUAAAAGCCAAGGGUGGCAAAGUAACCCGGGAACCAGGAGCUGUUAAAGGUGGAAAUACUGUAAUUGCAUUUGUUGAGGAUCCCGAUGGUUAUAAGUUUGAACUAUUGGAAAGGGGACCAACACCAGAGCCCUUGUGCCAAGUGAUGCUUCGAGUUGGUGACCUUGAUCGUUCCAUAAACUUUUAUGAGAAGGCCUUUGGCAUGGAGCUUCUUCGCAAACGAGAUAAUCCAGAGUACAAGUAUACAAUAGCAAUGAUGGGAUAUGGUCCUGAAGAUAAAAAUGCAGUGCUAGAGUUGACGUACAACUAUGGAGUUACCGAAUAUGACAAGGGGAACGGUUAUGCUCAGAUUGCGAUAGGAACAGAUGAUGUCUAUAGAACUGCAGAAGCUAUUAAACUCUGUGGUGGGAAGGUUACUCGGGAACCUGGACCGUUACCUGGUAUCAGCACAAAGAUUACUGCUUGCUUAGAUCAUGAUGGAUGGAAGUCGGUUUUUGUAGAUAAUAUUGAUUUUCUCAAGGAGUUGGAAUAAUUUCUCAGAUCAUCCUAGCAAGCUCACAACACUUGAAUCCGAAUCUUGAGCCCGAAAGAGUUCUUAAGUUCACAUGAGAAUGUAUUGUCGCCCACUUUUGUAGAUAGAUAUCGUCUCAUUCAAUGGUUGCGAGUAAUAAGCUUCUUGAUCAGCUUUGCAGCAGUUUGGUUAGUCUGAAUUAUUAACUUUUAUUGUGUUCCUCCUCUCACUCUCUUCCCUCCAAUCAGAAUUCCCCCAAAAUACUUUGGUUUGAUCCAGCUACUUGGUAGAAGGGCUUUGUAAACAUUAUGAUGAUGCCUCAAGUUUUGUAUCAUAACUUUCGAGUUGUACAAUGCAAAAUCAUGGAAAUUUAUGGUUUUCUCAGGACAUUUGCUGGAAACUUGAAUGAUGGUCAUGUUUCACGUAUCUUAUGA